AUCAAUCGAACGGCUUUCUUUUUAGAACUAUUUCUUAUAGCAGCGUAUUUAAACAAAGCGCGGGAAACCAACGUACGUAAACAGGAAAGACGUCAUGACGUUUCAAAGACAAAUAACAAUGUUUAGUUCCGGUUUUGUUUUAUCAGCUACAGCGUAACGUUAUGAAAUUUUGAUAAAAUAACGUGUUUUGUAUCGAGAAAUAUCCUGUCAGGAACAAAGAGGAACUGUCAAGGUUAAUUUGUUGCUUCCCAUGCUGGUCGAAGGUGUUAUCAUACAGGGAUGGUUACAUAACGAUGGGAAUUUAAAGUUCAUAAGUAGCUUUAAAGUACUGUAUGGCUUUAACUAUGAUAAUAUGGCUUAUUACAGUGACAGUUUUGGACCAAAGGUUUUCUACAUAUCUAAUGAAGCAGAAUAUAAUUUUACUCAGACGUUUUGGUUUUCAAAGCCAUUUCUGACAGGGAUAGUUGGACUUGAGAUUCCAAGCGAAGAAAACUCUUGCCUUAAAGCCGAGUUUAUUGUAUGUAAACGGAAUGUGGAACGUAACUGUGCAAGUGCCCCUAAAAUUGGAUGGCAAUCCCUCACAGAAAGGUCUAUACCAGGCGUUAAAUUUCAAACAGGACGACGGACAUCUUCUUACAGUGCUUGUUUACAGAAGUGUAAAAGGACAUCACUUUGCAAUGCGUUUCAAUAUAACAAUUCAUCCAGAGCGUGCAGACUUUCAAUAGAUCAACCUUUGCCUCCAUCAUAUUCAUUUAGGAUAACGAGAAAUCUAUCUUUUACGUACAAAUUAUGCGUUGAGGAAGUUACUUUUCCUCAAAACAUUUCAUCAGAGACAAUUAUAACGUCACCAAACUACCCACAUUACUAUGGAGAUCAUAUUGAAUAUAUAUGGAACGUACGUGUGACUGAUGCAGUCGCCCUCAAUAUUGACGUUCUUGACGUCUUCAUGCCAACCGUAGAUAACGAUAAAAGUGGAUUACUGUGCUACGAUAGAUUAGACUUUGGUCAGAAUGAAAAGCAUGCCAACAGAGUAGAAAUAGCAUCAAAACAGGAUCAGCACUAUCAUCGCCAGAGCAGAAUUAUUUCGGAGAAAGGGAAUCAGUUGUUCAUUCGAAUUAAGUCUUGUUAUGCAAAUCGAGCGAUGCCUUUCAGAGGUUUUGCAAUCAAAAUUACCAAAUCCGAUUGUCCUGCUUGUAAACGCAAACAGGACUGUAAUUAUCCCUGCGGCUACAUCCAAAGUCACUAUUUCCCUACUGGAAUGUAUCAGAAAUCCUCAUCUGCAGUCAUAUUUAAAGCAUAUACAAUUCGGGGCAAUAAUUACGAAUACGUGAAGAUACAUAUAAUCUACCUUGAUGUCCCCGAAAAACGUACAGUCUUCCUUUCGUUUGCAGAUAUUUCUCCAGAAGGGACUUCAAUCACAACAAAUAUAGAUGGGAUAUCCAUGCCGUACCCAAUCUUUUAUUCGCAAAACAACUUCCUACAUGUUAGUUGUCCUUAUAGUGUGAGCACAGAAAACAAUGGGUAUCAACUCCGCUACAGCUUAAUGAAGAUGCGUAAUUGGAAAGAGUCUGUCUAUCAUAUGAAUACGUCAAAAUGCGAACCUGGCUGGAUGUUUUUUAAAGGAAGCUGCUAUACUCUCACACAGUUUUCGGAGAGAACAUAUUUGGAGGCCCGGAGAUCAUGCAAAAGUAAUGGCGCAGACCUUGCAAUAAUUACCAGCAUAGAAGAGUCAAAUGCUAUCAAUUUUUAUCUUCUAUCGCACAGGAACUUUGUAUCGCCGGAUAUAGUAUUUGGUUUGGGAGUCAAAGACAACAAAUACAAAUGGAUUGAUGGCUCAAGAGCAAUCUUCCAAAACUGGUUCAUGGACUGGUCAAAUGUUCACAAUGCACGUCCUAGUUUGCCAAUGGUAGAUGCUUGUGCCGUUCUUCGAUUAACAUCUUCACAGAGCAGCUCAAACUGGAUCGUACAGAGAUGCCGUACAAAUUAUACAAAUGCCAUAUGUGAGAAAAGACUUUAUAAGGACAUUUCCGCCAACCUAAAACCAGUAAGAUAUAAUUUGAAACUGGCAAAUAGAACCUUACGGAAGACAACUUUUAAAUGCAUCGAUGGUAGCUUGAUAGACUGGACUGGAAGAUGCGAUCAAUUUAAUGAUUGUCCAGACAAUUCUGACGAGUUCAGUUGCGAUUUGUCGAGUUCCAGUUCCGAUUGCAAGGUACAGGAGUUCCAGUGUGAAAAUAAACAAUGCAUACCAAUCAGCAGAUAUUGUGAUUACAUCCAAGACUGUGAUGAUGCAUCGGAUGAACGUGCCUGCGUUCGGCCAGAUUGCAAUAACGAUGAAUUUCGUUGUGAAAAUGGACAAUGUGUUCCAGACUCUGAUAGAUGCGACAUAAAAAUUGAUUGUUUGGACGAGUCGGAUGAGCUCGACUGUGCAAAUGUUAAUUGCACAAACGGUGGAAAAUUGUUCAGUUGUCCCGGAGAAAAUGCAUGCAUCCCAAUGAGUAAUGUGUGUGACGGUUUUGUCGAUUGUCCAGGUACGUCGGGGUACGACGAAGCUAAUUGUGAACAUGUGAUGAUCAAAAGUUCUUGCGAGGAAUGGUACAGAGACGGAUUUCGACAAUCUGGAACAUACAAGAUAGAUCUAGGAAGGAUUGUAGGAGUGGUUGAUAUAAGUAUUGUUAUUUAAAGAUAAGAUCAUCGUUGUUGUCUUGUGGAAUAUUGUGAUCACGUGAAGA